AUCUAUGGUUAAACUAUGGCUGUCGAAUUGUCGAUCGACAAGCGUAAGCCGUGGAGUAGUAUUAAGAUUUAGUUAAUAUUUUUUGCGUAAAAUAAUGUUCUAAUGUGAGUUGAAUAUUAACUGUUCGACAAAUAUUAAGCAUGGCAUUGUGGGGCUGAUAAGUGUUGUGAUUAAGGGGCGGUUUUUGUCCUUGUAAGCUCCACAUACAAUAAUUGCUUUUGGAGAUAUAUAACUACUACGGCUGAGAUCUAAUUGACUACAAAUAUGGCACAAGUAGGAGCUAAUAUGGAGUAUCAGGAAUAUAAGUGGGCUUACUCAAUCAUGGAUUCUUCAAAAGUGUCAGCAUGCCUAAUUUCAAUGCUGCUGAUAGUAUACGGUAGCUUUCGUUCGCUAAACAUGGAGCGGGAGGCAAGAGAGAGGGCAGAGAAGGAAAGAGAGGCAACUCUACUCGGCGGCAAGCCGUCCACCACCUCCUCUUCUAAUAAUAACGUACAAACGUUGAGCACGAUGCAAGCACUGUGCUUCCCGCUAGGCUCAUCCGUAGCACUGCUCAUCAUGUUUUUCUUCUUCGACUCCAUGCAGACUCUUGUAGCUAUUUGCACAGCUAUAAUAGCGUGCGCGGCGCUGGCGUUCCUGCUGACGCCGCUGUGCCAGUACGUGGCGGGCGGCUCGGGCGCGUCGCGCGCGCUGUGCGGCCGCUACUCGGCGCCCGAGCUGGCCGCCGCGCUGCUCGCCGCCGCCAUCGUCGCCGUGUGGGUGCUCACCGGCCACUGGCUGCUCAUGGACGCUAUGGGCAUGGGUCUGUGCGUAACAUUCAUCGCACUGAUCCGAUUACCUUCGCUAAAGGUUUCAACGUUGUUGCUGACGGGACUGCUGCUUUACGAUGUGUUUUGGGUCUUUUUCUCGUCAUAUAUUUUCACCACGAAUGUGAUGGUCAAAGUGGCAACAAGGCCAGCGGAGAACCCAAUGAACGUGGUGGCGCGCCGGCUGCAGCUGGGCGGCGCCAUGCGGGACGCGCCCAAGCUGUCGCUGCCCGCCAAGCUCGUGUUCCCCUCUAUGCACCACCAGGGACACUUCUCCAUGCUUGGUCUUGGUGACAUCGUCAUGCCGGGCUUACUGUUGUGUUUCGUUUUGAGAUAUGACGCCUAUAAAAAAGCGACGCUCGUUUGUCAAAUGGGCCAAGUACCCGGCCCUCGGUCUAUGGGUUCCCGCUUAACGUACUUCCACUGCUCGUUGCUGGGUUAUUUCCUGGGGCUACUGACGGCCACGGUAUCUGCGGAGGUGUUCAAGGCAGCGCAGCCUGCUCUACUGUAUCUCGUGCCGUUCACGCUUUUGCCGCUGCUUACUAUGGCAUAUGUUAAGGGGGAUCUCAGAAGAAUGUGGAGCGAACCAUUUAUAGCACCCACGACGGGCAAAUUAGGAGCUGAUUUUGAUGUGUGACUGCCUCGUCAAUCUACAUAGGAACACAGCCAGAGGUCACAACAUCUUCAGUUAGGUCUAACAUCUACUUCUUAAUAUUUAUCAAUUUAGACAUUCAAAAUGUUGAUUAGAAAUAUACAGGAAGUAGAUACUAAAACUGUAGUCAAGUAUUAUGAGUUAAAAGGCAAGGUAUGCUGUAAGUAAAGCUCUUUUUUAUUAUGAAAGUAGAAAGUUAUUGCUUAUAAGUAAAAAACGAUUUGUCUGAUUAUUAUUAAAGUGGAAACUUUCAAAACUAGUUUUCGUAUAAAAGUCCGAAAUCUUGUAUAAUAUAUCUUGCUUUACAAACCUAACUGCAUUUGCAUAUUGGCCUCAGUGAACAUUAAUUUGUUUAUGACAGAGAUAAUAUAAAGACAUAAGAUGUAUGUUAAGGUUAGUUGGUAUGCUUCUAUUUUGUUCUAAAAAUGUUCAGAAGUUACAGGCGAUGGUAAUUUUAUAUAAAUAUGUUAGACCAGUGAAGGAUAUGAUUAUGAUUUAAUGUUAUUUCUAUUAAACUCUUACUCAAUUGUUAAAAGAAUAAAAAAUAUUUGGUGACAAAUGUGUAUUUCGAAGAUUUUUUUUUGUAAAAACUAUUUAGAAAACAAGGGAGCCAAUUAAUCAUUUUCAUCAAAUAGCGUAAUAAAAUUGCAUUUUCAAUUUAUCAAUUAAAAAAGAGAAUGUAGUUAAAAAAAAAUGUAAACUUUUAUGAGUAUUUGAAGACAGCUUUUUAUGGGAUCUGUUUAAUUUUCUUUAAUAGAAUUUGCUCUAAGCAUUCACCCUGAAUCAGCUAUUAGUGUAACCUUGUUAUUCAUUUAAUGCAGGAGUAGUUUACACAGACCGACGAAAACAGUUUUUGAUCUCUAUAUUGUUAUAAAUCCGUUAAACUUCUUUAAAAAACUAAACUAAAAUAUAUAUUUAUCCAAAUUUAAGAAAAUAUAAAUUUUAUUUUAUUUAAAAAUAAAAUGUGUAGAUGAAAAUAAUGUGAUCCAGUCUUGAUGAAGUUCUAAUAACGAAUUCUUAUAUUUAGGGGUUCUACAUGGCUCAUGUUUUUGAGAUUAAAGAUUUUUCUACAUUAUUUAUACACCAUUUAUUUAUAACUUAGAAACGUCACACCAAAAUAAUUGAUACUGGAACUGUUUAAACAAAAAUUAUCAAAAUAUUUCAUAUAAAAUAUGCAUAUUCUUGAUUGGAAAGCAUAACAAAAUCGUCGCACUCUUUAUUUAACUUUCUUUACUGUUACUAAUUAUAUUAUAUGUACAGCAUGCCAAACAACAGACUCAGAUACAAUUGUUUCCAGACAAACACAUUUUUAGGAUCUCAAAAAUUGUGCUUCAUUAUGUAACUUAAUAGUACAGAAUUGGUUUGAAUACAAUUCUUCAAUCAUAUUUAUGGUAAACACAAAACAUUACUCUAGAUUUUUUAAAACCUUUAUUAUAAUAAAUUAAUAUAAAGUAUUGAGAUUAAACCAAAUAUUAGAAUGAACUAGGUUCUCAGCACUCAUUUUAGUUUCUUGCAACUUGAAAGUAGCUUAACAGAUUAAUAUUGUUAUACAUACUUUAAACCACCUUCCAUGAAUCUCAUUUAAAGAUAACUGUGCAGAUGCCAUGUUUACUUUAUACCUUUAUACUUAUAACUAAUUAUGUAAAUUUCUGUAAUUAAAACUAAUUUUAGCAUUUUUUAAAUGAUACUAAUUAUAAAAUAUGUAAUGUUUAGUUUGACAACUAUAUAUUUCUUUAAAACCGCAUACAGUGACUGAUGAUAAUCGCACCUUGUUGUAAAGGGUUAUGAAAUUAAAUAAAAAUGGAUUGUACAAUAAGAUAACAUCAAAUUUAGACAUAUUGAUCAAACAUCUAAAUUAAUGUCUGUCAUAAAUUAUAACAAUACCUUUAAUUAUUAAUUGAAGUAGUUUUUAAUAUAAAGGUAUAUGAGUUCUAAGGUUUAUUUUGUCAUUAUGAACAAAACUUUAUUAUCACUGCCUUAGACUGAUGUUUUCAAUGAAGAUUUUUUCUAUAUGUUAAAGGAGUAUUAUAAAAAGAUAAUACCCUAACUAGAAUUUAGGCUAAAUUGUUGUUGUAAUUAUAGCAACCCUAAUGUUGUAAAAUAUUUGAUUGAAUUUAAUAAAUUUAUUUUAGAUUUAAGUAAACAGAGUGUUUGUAGAGGAUAAUGUCAAACUUUUUUUUACUAAUAUUUAUCCUUUUUUAUUAUCCUGUAUUAGAUUUAUUGAAACUAAUAAAUAUUGAACAGUAUUGUUUUGUAAUGGUGAUAUAAUUUUAUUGAGGCUUAUACAUGAUGGUUUGUCGAAUAGAUUCCAAUGUUUAAUUUUAUAGCAUAAUUUUUUCUGAACCGCCUUCCAGUGGACUUAUUGUGUGACAUGUACCUAGAAAAUUCCGUUUGUUAUUUAAUAUGACCGAAUAUAUAAGAUCUGGCUAAGUUUGGCUAUGUAAAGGAAUAUUUUGUAAUUGUUUUUUGGAAUAUUUUUAAAGAAAUAAUUUCAACUGUUUUUCCAUUGUGUACAUAAUAACUAUUGUGAAAUUGAUGUAAUAUGUCACUGUCUCAUCACAUCUAAAGUGUUAAUGUAUAUAUUGCCCACACAUGACAUUCUACUUAUCCACAAAUUUGGAAAAAUACAUUUAAUAUUUUUAUAUGUAUAUGAGAUGGAUGGUAACAAACAAUACUUAAUAAAAAUAUUAAAUGAGAA